AUGUCUGUACAUCAGUUCGUGGCCCAUUUCCUCAAAAAGGAGGGGUACCUAGAGACUCUCAAGACCUUUGAGAACGAACACGGGAAGCCAAUUUCUCCACAAUUGCCUCACGAAGAAGACCUCCACGAUAUCAUCACCGACAGACUCAAGUACAUCAGCAUUGAGGAAAAACCACAAAGUCUGCAUGAAGUCUUGCUUAGCGAGGAGCUUAAAACACUCAAGAAGAACCAAUUCAAAGAAUGGCUGGCUCCUUACCCCAACACGCCACGAGACAUAGCUGGUGUUGGAGAUUUGGUGGUUGCAAGUGCACUCUAUGAAACAAAAGGGACCACUUAUGGCCUUUUUGCAACCGCAAAGAUGGACCUGAUAGUUUCUGAUUUGGCCAAGAAUACUGUUGUUUCUGUGAAUCCUCGAGUCAUCGGCACUGUCGUGAGAAACAUCAAGGUGGUUGGUUCAUCCAUACUUCUAUGUGGUAUGAACGGAAAGCUCUACAUGGGCCGCCUUGACGAGGAAGCCAAAUUUGAAAUAACUUAUGAACAGCAAAUUCACACCAAGUUAAUCACUGAAAUCGUGCCUGUCCAAUGGAAUGACAAGAACUACUUGGUGACCAUGGGUUGGGACUUCUUGGUCAAGGUGUACGAAAUGAAAGAAAACAGUAUUGAGGAGGCCUUUACGCCAUACCAGCUCCCCAAUAGAGGCUUGUGUAUGGACGCAUGCCUUUACCAGGACCAGCUUGUGGUUGUGGUUGGAAAGUCAGAAAUGACUCUCAUGGACGUACUCACUAUCAACGACACCAAAUUGGACCUUUCGUUCAAAAUCGCCCUUAACGAUGCCGAGUUCACUGCUGCUGGAUUCUCGCCUCAUGCUGUUAAAAUUUACAACGGUGGACCCAUUCCUUUGGUUGCAGUAGGUACCUCUCAUGAGCCCUACAUGCGAUUGGUGCUUGUUUCGCUUAAGGAAUUUGGCAAAGACGGCGAUAGUGUUCGUCGAAAUCAGAUCAUCACAAACAUUAACACCAUGUCACCGCAAGACAAAUACAGUCAGGCACUUAUCAGUUGGAGAUCUGAUGGAAGUGGACUUUGGGUGUUUGGAGAAGAUGGAGUGGUGAGAGGAGUUGAUUUGCUCAAGGAGGGUGUGGUUGUGGAGUUGAAGAGGGGAGAGGGGCGAAUCAAGAGUUUUGAUGCAAGGGCAAACAGUCUACUUGUGUGUGAUACCGAUAGGAACGUUGUGGAGUGGGCCACCUGA